GAUGCCUCGCGUACUCGCUGCUCUCGGCGUCUCCGACCCGGGCUGGACUUGGGCAAGGGACGCGGCGGUGGCGGCGGCGGCUUCCGUCAUUUCUAUCCCGCGCCGCGCUUGGACGGUGCCGCAAGUAUUGACCUCUCAGGCUUUCCCUGACCAAAUCCGCGCCGUCUUCCCAAGUCACAGAGGCCGGCUUAUCUCUUAUCCUAACGGUGCUUUCGCCUCCGGCCUCCUCCUCCUCCUGGCGGUCUUCCCCUGGCGCCGGCGCCUGCAAGCCCAACCCGCUCCCACCCUUUCCCCGGCCAAGGACGGCAGUUUUCUCCCAGUUUCUUUCCACCCUCCUAUUUAUUGCCGUUGUUCUUCCCUGGUCACCCAUCCGAUUCCAGCAGUUUUUCUAUCCAUAGCUAUUGUAUACCUUGAAAAUUGUUUUCUUGCAUUUUAAUCUGCAAUCCCUCCGGUGGGUGGCUAGGAGAGCAAUAAUCUUUCGUCGUGAUUUUCUUUUUCUGGUAAUAGUUUUGGAGAAGUAGCUGCUUGAAUCUAUUGCAGUAAAAGCAAGGGAUUUUGGUGGCACUAAAGACUAAAAUUAUUAGGAUAUUGGCUUCAUUAGAUAACUGUUAAAAAUUUCAGUGCUGUCACACAUAUAAUUGGCAAAUCUAAUUUUGUUCAUGUGCCAAUAAGUGAACAAAAUUUGUAUGCUUUAUGAUUAUCUUUAAUUCUUGGUAGGCUUCUCUCUUCCUAGGACUAGUAAAUGCCUUAAUCAUAUUGUACAGAACUGCAGUGUAGUCCUUUUUGUGUUAGCUUUACUUCGUCCAAAAAGACUGUAAUUGGAAUAUUUUGCAUUUUCUUCAUUUGUCAUUUAUGUUAUUGGUAGAUUUGUUAAUGUUUUAUGUAGUAUUUGUAUCUUUGCUUUAGGUGUAGGAUUUUGCUGGCCAGUGAUAGAGAUGUAGAAGGAAUAAGAAUUGAUUAGAAUUGAGCAUCUUUCUCAAACCUAAUAUUUUUCAACCAUUUUGAGCAUGAUGUAGUCCCUAACAUCUUGGUUUUAACCACAGUGAAUGAAAAUUAUUUUAGAGCAACAAUAUAUGAAAUUAUUUGCUGCCAGAUAGAAAAAUGAAGAUCUCCUAAGUGAAAUUGAUUCAGUUUUAGGUAUGUAAUAAUAUAGAUACCGGUAAUAAUGGAGGAUGCUGAUGUUGGAUAGCAUGUUUCAGAAGACUCUUCCUGAUGCCUCAAUUAAAGUGCUAUCCAGGAGUCCAUGAACUGGCAGAAAACUAUAUCACAAUAAAAUUGGCUUUCCUCUGUGGCCAUUCUUAUCCUGCAACAGGCAUGUUAGCAACAAAUGCUGUUCUUAAUGUGACCUUGGUGCAGAUGUAGCCCUCUGCCAGAAUUGCUGUGGUUUUGCACAGUUUUGUGGAAGGGACUUACAGGGAGAUCUGGCUAUCAGCUGAUGUCAGUUGGUAAAUGGACUCAUUUUAGGCAUUGGCUUAGUGCUAUUCCAGAAGAGCACUGAACCUGUGCUUAAAAGUUGAUCAGACAGUAACUGACAAGCAUGGGAAAAGUUGCUCUUUUUCUCCUGCUUUACUGACAGUCACCACUGCUGUCAGCUCAGGGACCUGUCAAGUAUAAUAGAAAAGUCUGAUUUGAAAGAACCAGACUUUCCUGCCCAAAGUGGAAUGGAGGACAGUGCCCAGAGCUAUAUUUGUACUAGUUUCAAUGGGCCAGUGGGAUCAGUCUAAUCUACCGCCCCCCCAAGGGAUUACCUGAGUGUACCAAUUGUAUCUUUAUCUCUACAAUAUGUUGAGAUAAAGAGGAAACUAUUUUAACACCAGUACAGUUAAGGACAAUUCAAGGCUGUUUCAGGUGUAGAAAUCAGAUAGAGGCAAUGCCAGAAAAAUGGUUUCUGGAAUAAGUUUAUGCUACAAUUAGAUGCAAAUCUGAAGGACAGUUAAUGCUAGUUAAUGCUGGAAACUAAAGUUUGCAAAUAAUAUCUAACAUAAAUACUGUAUGUUUCCAUGUUUAUAUUUUGAAUGACUUUUUCCUUUUUCUAUAUCAGCUAUGAUUUUGCACUGGCAUCUGUGCUAUCUUAGUUUCCUUUAAAAUCAGAAAUACCCUAAUUUGAAAUUUUUGCACAAACAGUAGUUAAGAGAAUUUGUGCUUUUGCACUUUAAUAUAUGACCAUAAUUAAAUGCAUAUAAGGCAAAGAAAUUAUUCUGAAAUGAGUGUGUUUCUGAUUUAUAAACAGUAGUCUGCAGUGGUUUGCAGUAAUUGUUAUUGUAUUGGGUUGAAGCAUUUGAAGGCACACAAUAUUUGUGGUGCAUCCUCAGAACAAAAUUUCAUCAAUGUUGGAUAAAUGUUCUGUAAUCUUGUGCUUAUGUUAUUAUUCAGCCUUUCCCCCUAAUCAAUACCUUGACUGUGCAUUACUGCUCAUACAAAGCUGCAACUUAAAAUCCAUGCAGUGCAUGGUAUAUGUAUAUUGAAAUCAUAAUAAAGAUUUCAUUAGUCCUGAUUGUUUUUUUGCCUCUUCUCCUGUUGUCAUAUUUAUUGCUUCAUGCAAGAAAAAUGCUCAGUAUAAUGAUAGACAUUGUCAUUGGGAACAGUCAUAAUUUAUUUUAGAAUUGGUUGACUCUUAAUGCUUCUUACAGAAAUAAUAAAUUGCAUUUUAAUUUAAUUUAAAAUGGGCUUUCAGUUAUGGGGCAAGCUAUUUCUUAAUUGUAUAUCAGGGAAUCGGGAAUUGUAUCAUGAAGGAGAGACUGCUUGUUGCCUAAGUUAAUAGUUAUUGCUAUAUUGGUACAGUUGCAGCUUUCUUCUGUACUAUUUUUAUGAGAAGAAAGUCAGCAGAACCACUUUAGGAAAUUUAGUAGUAAUACACAUUUUGUGCAGAAGCACCUUAAAAGUUUAAACAAAAAUUCAUUGGAAUAGCUCUUGGUUAUCUUGUAUGGUUUUUCUGUGGUAGCAUAGUGUUUAUAGAAAUGAAUGAAUUAUUCAUGUUCAGAAAAAUUGCUAAUGCAUUGAAAUUACUUUUGUAUGUAUGAUUCUUUUUUUCAUUCUGAGUUAACCAUGAGCAAAGUUUGUUUUGUAGAGGUUAUGCCUGUAACUAUAUUAGGGUGCAACUGCAAGGUUUUUCCCCCUGUAAAUUAUUGUUUGUUGAUUAAUUGCAGAAUGUUUGGCAGUCCAGGCCUGCAGAAACUAAGUGUGAUUUACAGCCAAUCUGGAAACAGCCAGCAAAACAACCAAAUACAACAUGGAAGACAGGUGAACUUCCUGAGAACUGAAGUGAAAGUUGACAUAGUUUCUAUGAAACUAUAAAUGAUAUUUUGGCAUCUUGAUUGCCAUGACACCCAGCACAGGCUUGUGUGGAGAAUGUGGGAAGCGUUCCCUUAAAAAAUUGCUGACACCCAUGGCUAGGGUUUGCCUGUUGUUUUGACACCAUGGGAACGUGCUGCAGUAGCCCAUGCCGAGACAGGGUUCCAGAUAACCACCCUACCAAGUUUAAAGUGACAAAUGUUGAUGAUGAGGGCAAUGAGCUGGGCUCAGGGAUAAUGGAAUUGACCCAGAGGGAGCUUGUUUUGCACACUCAUAAACGCGAUGCUGUUCGGUGGCCCUACCUUUGCUUGCGUCGCUAUGGCUAUGAUUCCAAUCUCUUCUCCUUUGAAAGUGGACGUCGCUGCCUGACUGGACAGGGAAUUUUUGCAUUCAAGUGCUCAAGAGCUGAAGAGAUAUUUAAUUUGCUGCAGGAUCUGAUGCAGUGUAAUAGUAUCAGUGUGGUGGAGGAACCUGUUGUCAUUACAAGGAAUGCAGCUGAACUGGAACUACCCCGGACUCCCCAGACACCCGAUAUCCCAGGUUUUCCUAAUGGGUUCCACAACUUCCCUAUGGAGCCCUCAUCUUGUCCUGCAGCCUGCCAUGCCCCCAUGAGUAGUCUAAGGCAUUCUUCCCUUGGGGAGGACGCUACGCAUGCUCUUAUUAUCCCUGAUGGGCAAUCCCACACCUAUGUAAACACAGCCAGUGGGGAAGAUGAUAUAAGGGGCCACCAUUGUAUGCACUCCUUACCUGAAGUUCAUCCUCCGAUUGCUCAUUCCAACCAUAGCUGCUCCCUGGAGGACCGGAAUCCCCAGGUUUACAUUCAGCCAGGAGAAGUGAAGUUUGUUUUGGGCCCGAACCUGGGUUAUAGGCACAGGAUGAAAUGUGAUGGCUACUGUCGACCCCACUGGGAGUGCUCAAGGCAUUUCUGCACUCCUCACAACAACAACAACAACGAUUACAAAGACGAGUGCCUCGCCCCCAAGUGUGUUUAUGAAAACCUCAAUGGUCUGCUGCCUUCUCGAGGAACCUUAUUUCGUCAGGGGAGCGGGCGCUUGAAAAUGCCCUGUGAGGACCUGAACCCUGCCAGUUGCUCCCAUCGCCGGACCGCCCUACUGCACUAUGAGAACUUGCCAUCAUUGCCUCCUGUGUGGGAGUGCCAGCCCCUAAGACAGGGCCAGGAUGAAGAGGAUUCUGGUGAUGCAAUGACACCUUCCUCCACUGGUUAUCCAGAAAUUGAAGAAGAUGACACUUUACGAAAUUACAUGAAUUCAGAAAGGGUUGCCCUACAUGGAGGCAUGCGUAGAGGAGGUUGCUUGCAGCGGCACCGCAGUUGUACCCCCAGCGUUUUCAAUUUCGACUUCUGCCGGCCUUAUUUGGAGCAGCCAAGGCAGCUCAAUUAUAUCCAGGUGGAACUGCAAGAUGAUCCUUGUAAAGGGCGGCAAAACAUACCAGUCCCCCACGUCCCAUGUGCGGCUGCCCAUCCAGCCCACAGGACCAAUUCCUAUGCGGUCAUUGACCAUAAAAAGACAGCAGCCAUGUCCAGCUUACAGAGAGCACUGCCUAAGGAUGAUGGGACUUCCAGGAAAACACGACAUAACAGCACUGACCUGCCUCUGUAAGAAGAACAUUCAACCCAAGCACCUCAUUGUGGCUUUUGUAUCUGCUCUUCAACAAAUCAUGUUACAUAACUGCCAUUUUCCCAUUGUGCCCCCUGUUAGUGUGAGUCACUGGAAUAGUUUCAUCAAGCUAAGUUAAGAAAUGUAGCCUAUCUGUGCCUCUUCCGAGCCUCAUUUUCCUCUGCCAUAUACUUUCUGAAGCCCUGCCAUGUGCUUGAUUACUUGACCUGGCUGAUGGCAGGGUGGGUAAUGGUACAGUUGGAGUGUGAAGGCCAAGGAAACUUUAUUUAAUUUUUAUUUUUGAAAAUACACAAAAUAUAUUUAUUUUCAAAUUUUGCAUUAACUUAUUUUUCAGAGAUGCUGGUAUUUGUUUAUCUAUUUAUUUAUCCAUGUUAAAGUGCCCAGCAAGUAUAACACUGAAUUGCUUUGCAAUUAAUUCUUUUCACCAUGAGAAUCAGAAAAGCUCUAAGAAGGUAAGAGUUGUAUCAUUUUUUAAACAAAUAUAAGGCUAGUCGCCAAAAGGCAGAACAGAGGAGGAGAUUCAGACUGUCAGAGAAAGUAAGGCAUGCAAGAAAGGGUUCUAAACCCAUGUGGUCCCAGGAGUGACUCAACAUGCUAACAAAGCUGAACUUCCCAGCUCCAAUUUCUGACUGAUGGUAUAUCUCAUAAUAUGCCUCUUCACCCUCAGAGUAGAAAAAAACCAUAGAACUGUAAAUUUCCCUAAACUAAUCCUUGGUGGAUGUUUUAAACUGUUGCUGUUUACCUAACAGUUUGGGAUAGUCUCUAAGAAGGUAAUAUUCUGAUGUUAUGGUAUUAGUUUGCUGGAAUCACAUAAAAACUUCAAACACAUUUCAAAAGCUUUUCUUCCUCCAUUUUACUUUAUUGUCUCACAUCCAAUGCUCUAAUAUUGUCCCAGACAUACUUUAAUAUGUCAAUGAAAUUCAGCCAUUAUUAACAAAUAAUUGAUUUUGGGUGGUGGGGAACCAGAACAUUUUGAGCAACUUUAAGGACAAGCAAAGCUUUCCUUAUUUGGGACUUUCACAUUUUUGUUAGGUUAGUAAUAAACCUGCAAUAUGGAUUAUACAUUUGAUGGCCAUUAUUUAUUUAUACGGCCUUCUCAGAAAUAGCCCUUCCAGGAAUAAUUGUAUUUGAACUAAACUUCAGUCAGUUUUUUCUGAAAAUCUUGUUUCACUGAAGUCAUUUUUAAAAUUCACUGUAUGUGAAACAAGCAUUAUAAAGUUGGGGAUUAGGAAUCCUUUCGGUAGAAAGUUAUUACUUUCCAUUCCUUUUCAAAUCUAUUAAGAACUGUCCUUAUUUAACACAGUUUUUCAAUAUGCUUUUUGUUAUUUAUUGAUUUUUGGAAAAUAUAAUGUUUAUCUGUUUUGUUUUGUUUUAAAUUUUUCAUGUAAUUCCAUGUCAAGGAGUCCAAAUUAAUACUAGUAUUUCAAGUCAUAAGCUCAGCUAAACCAAUUUAAGUAUUCAUAAUUUGGAUAAAAAUUAAUUCUAACCUUUGCAUAUGGAUCCACAUCAUUAAAAGCUUAAAAACUGCUUGAAAUUAUAUUUUUAAAAACUAGAUUUAAAGUAGUUUUUCUUAAAUCUUUUUAUUGUAAAAUGUUAUUCUGACUUGUCUGUUAAUUAUUGCUCACCAUAUUGUCAUGAAACACAUGCUUUGCAUGUAGAAUAUCCCAGAUUUAAGCAGGAGUAAGAAUUUCCCUUCUGAAAUAUUGGAGAAGUAUUACCUAUUAACAUAGAUGAUAGUGACUUAAAUGAUGAGUAACUUGCUCCAGCAUGUCCUUUAUCUGUUCCUCUGCAGUUCUACUGUAGACCCAUAACUAAAGGAGAGUAAAAAUGCAUUAAAUGAACAAGAGAAGAAAUGCUUGGAUAGAGAAUUAAUCUUGCUUCAAUUACAUAUAUUUCAGUCACAGAGGAGUUUAUCAAUUAAUGCAUUUAGAUUUAGGACUGAUUGUUAUAUGACAACUGUACAUAAAAGGUGAUCUGGAAGGUUUUGAAUGUUGCUGCUAUUCUAUAUGAUUUCAGUAUCUCAAGCAGGUAUAAAAAUGUCAAAUUUCAGCAUUUUUUCCUCUUACUUUCACUGUACUCUUAUAGAUCAUGUUCUAAAAUUCAUAGUUAUAAGGGGAAGACAGACAGAUUUGGGUAAACAUCAAGAUCUCUUCACUGUGGCCCAUUGUCAUAUAGUUAAGAUUGUUAAGAAGGCAUUGAUUUGAUGAAUGAUUUUGUAUUCUUGCUGUAUAAAUUGGGUUAUUUCUAACCAGUUACUAUAAAAAAUCAUUUUGCUUAUUCAGCACUGCCUUUUUAACUGUUAUGCAUAAUAUGUUGUAAUUUACUAGUAAAUGUUAAAAUUAGGUGGUCUUUUUACGACCAUCCGCCUUUGUGGUUUUCCAAUGUCUAAUCAAAAUCUAUUAGAGUUAAUAGAAGAGUUUCUCUGUCCUCUAUUUGUACUUUGGAUCAACUCAGUCCAAAUACAUCAUCAUCAGAUUUUUAUUCUGCAAUUUUUAUAAAUAAUUUAAGGUGGUGAACUGAUGCUCCUGGCUUCUAAUUUUCCCCACAACGUGUGAGGUGGAUUGGGCUGAGAAGGGAGUAAAUGGCCCAAAAUCACCCAGCUGGCAAUUCAUGCCUAAAGGAAGACUAGAUUUCUAUUUUCUAGCCCAGUACCUUAACCACUACACCAGACUUGCUCUUGAGCCAGUGUGGGGAAUUUCAAUAGGCAGAAUUCUUCUAGUAUCGUCAUAUGCCUUGUCAUCAGUUUUACUUCACAAGUCCACAUCUUGUUCAUUCUAAAACAUCAAAUGUAGGCUUCUAUAUACUGGUGAUGGGCAGGCUGGAGUCCAAAGGACUUGAGCAGCUUUUUGCCACCACUCGGUAUUAAUCACAAAUCUAUGUAUAGGUAGUCUAUUGAUCUAUCUUAAACAUUCAUUUAAGAUGGAAAAAAAAUCUUUAUUUUUUAGGUAUAAUGGAACUUAAAGGGUAAUUAAUUAACAUUGAUUAGAAAGAAGGAUGUGGGAUAAAAUAGGGAACUCUCCUUUUCAAGGAUUAUGUUUACUCUGAGAGACUUAUUUAUUAAAAAGGAAGGACUUAGAAUACUUUCUGGCUGCUGUUGUCUCAGAGUCAAGACAGCUAAAAUUUAUGCUUUGUACCCUGAUGCCCUAGAAGUAAAGUUUAGUUUCAAGUGAUAAGAAAUGUGUUUACCAUGGUACAAUUAAAUCAGUGCCAAAAAUAAGUGUUUUAUCUAAUUGAGCCACUAUAUGGUUUCAUUGUUUGACUUUGGCUUAGUGUUUGGAUAUAGCCAUUUUGGUUUUUUAAAUUAGGUUUAUGGCUUAGUGUACUCUAUGAAUUCAACCAGUUUCAGCUUAAUUACUUAGCCAUAUUUAAACAAACUAACUUAUUGUGUUAUGUGAAUCUAUCCAUUGAAUUAGAUGCGAUGAAAAUGUGAAGCUGGUUGCCUGCUAAUGUCUUUCUGCAGUUUACAUCCAUUCCUCAUUUAACCGCUAAACAGCUUAAAUGCACUAUACUUUGUUUUAUUAUUAUUUAUUACUGGUAUUUUUCAGAGUCCUUUAAGGAGCAUUUUCUAAUGUGCCAAGAAUGGUGCUUUUGCCAAGAUUUUGUAAAGGUUAGAAAGGUUCCAACUAGUAGAGAUUCUUAAUAGGCAGAUGAAAAGCAGAAAUGCAGUUGGUGUCAGACUGAUGCUACCAUCAACUUUCAGGGAAACAGGCUUAUUGAAUUGGUCCCCUGCAAGCACCUGUUGGAUCUUUUUGGUUUCUAAUGAUGUUUGGGUAGUAGGCAGCUAGCUCUGUGAGGCAUUUGUUCAGAUCUCUCUAAUGGUAGUAACCAUUUUUAUUAAUAAUUUUGGUAAUAGUAUUUGUUUUAAUAGCUUGGAGUUUUUUGAGUAUUUUAUAGAUGUUUUAUUGUGUUGUAAGCUGCCUAGAAUUGUAAGAACAGACAGCAUACUAAUAGUGGCAAAUAAAUAAUCGUUCAGCAAUCCAGUGUCUCCUUUACAGGUGGUGCUUGCGCUGUUUCUUCAUCGGCUCUGCACCCACACGAUCCCACCUUGUCAUUACUUGGGGAAACAGAGCUGAUAAAUUCCGGGCUCAGUAGUAGGGCAGGAGGAAGUGCUGUAGAUGCUGAGACUGAAAUGGUAGAGCUGAGAGGUGGGAAUUCUUCCUUUAGUGAGAAUUCUUGCCUAAUCCUGGUUCCUGAAUUCUCCAUUCUCCCUGAGUUAAGGAAGUAUGGUACUACAAUGCCUUUUUAUUGGUCUUAAAAUACAUAAAGAGGCAGUUUUGUAGCCCUCCUUGUAGCUGAUCUUAUUGUUGUAUGUCAAUAGAAACAGUGUAAAGUUUGAGUGAGGGGGUAAAUGCAUUGUUUGGCUACAUUUUUUUUUUUUUGCACUCUCCUAUUGGGCAUAUGAACACCAUUACCAGAAGGCUGGCAGUAAAUUUGCGGGACACUGAAUUCCUUGGGUGAGGCUAGUGUACAGAAACAAUUUCUGAUAUUCUAAAUGGAAGUUAGCUCUUAUUCUCACUUGCUAUGUGUGUAACGUUACAUUUAAUACUGACCAUGCAAGCAAAAGUGAAAAUGUAACCUUUCUGGCAAUAGUCACAAGCCUCAUAAAGUUGGAGAGUUGAUAAACAUGAUGCUUUCCUAUUUCUGAAUACAUAGUGCUCAGCACUCCAUAGAGUUAUUUAUCUGCUUUUAAAAGUGCAAUUGGAAAGGAUAAUUCAACAAGUUCCAUAAUAAAUUGCUAUUCAAAUAAUCACCACAUCCAAAUAAUCACCUCAUCCAAACUAAGUUGGACGCCACUUUUUUUCCGUCAUGAAAACUCCAAGCCAGUGCAAUAAAAAAUCUAGCACAUUUCUAAGCAUAGCUCUGCAGUAAUGCAGAAAUUGCCUGUUAUUGCAGUAGCUAGUAGCUACAUAUUGAGCCUUUCUGGAGAAAAAAAUUACAUGUCAACUUAAACUAGACCCAUGUUUCAUUAUAUCCUUAACAUUUCCAUGGUAGUCAUCUUUUAGGAUCAGCACAUUAAAUAUAGUUUGUGUUCAAGGGACUGUUGUAGCCUAAUUUUCUUCAAGCUUCAGUAUCAAAAUAAGAGUAUUCAGCUGUCUUGGAUAGCUAAAGUAAAAUAGAACAGUAUGUACUUCAGUGCCCCUUUUAAAGAUGUUGCCAAUGAGUAUGUCUAUUUAUGGCUAUACUGCAUCCAGCAGCUUUUAAAGGUUAGAGCAGGUACUGUAAACUCACUGAAUGGAAUAAGGGUUAUACCGAUUCAUCUGACAAGGGCAUUAUGAAGAUUAAGGUUUGAAUAUCAUAAAGGCCAAGAAAUUUUAGUACUGUACUGAAUUUUGCACAUCAAAUGGAAUCUCAUAUUAGUUGGUAUUGUGUUUAGUGUGAAACCCAAUUCCUCAAUUCUUUAUCAUCUCAUAAUGGUUAUCCACAUCUUCUGAUUGGUCUCUGGGGAAUCUUGUUCUACAUAAGAUAAUAGGUUAUAAUUUCUUUAUGUUUUAAUAUCUCUUUAAAUCUUUCCAUAGUUUAAGUCCUUUCAUGAGAGUUCAUCUUUUCAAACAUUUUGGAUUCUAUAAAAGCAUGGAACUGUUGCCUCUUUCCCUAGCGAUAGAACAAUGUGAGUCUGCCUCCAUUUUCCCAUUGUUGGAGGUAGGGAAGAGAGAACUCUAUAAGUGUAACCAGAUUAUGAUAGUUUUAUUUUCUUGGAACUUUCAGUCAGUUUUAUGAAACACUUGAAAUGUUGCAAAUGGUCCUGUUCUUGAAUUAAUAUUAAAAAGCAACCAAACUGGAUUCUGGGAUUGUGAGACAAGAACUUUCAGUGGGUAGAUUUUUUUUUUCUGUAAUUCAUUUUGAAAAGCCUGGCUUUAGCUAGGUAAAUCUCAAUUUCUUACCUUGUGCAGUUUUCUUCAUAGUUACUUGUACUGAUGCAUUUGCUAAUUGUUUCUGAUCUGGCAGAAAAACAAGGCAUGGGGAUGCUCAGUUGUUCUAGCCAUAGAAGUUGCUUUGUGAUUUUUAUUCAGUGGUUUCUGCUGUAUAUCUCUGUUAAUUCCUAUUUGUAUCUUAUCCUGUGUAGCCUUCAAAGUGAAGAGCAUUAGCAGUGCCAUGUGACUGAGGAGCACUAAUAUCUUACAUUAAUGUGCACAAAGAAUGUAUCUAAAAUAAAUUAUUUCUGAUGCUUA